CAGGCGCACUAGGCUCGUGACGUCAGGAGUGAAUUUUUUGGCCUGGGGGAUUUUCCCGUGUUCUUAUGUGACGGCCAGAAAAAUUCUCAGGUUACGCACGAAACAACGCUUCCUUACACCGCUUUGACGCAUUCUUAGCUCACUUCACGCCUUCAAGGAAUAGCCAAGACGUCAAGGAAGCCGGGAAUCGAAGGAAUUGCGUGGAAUUUUGGAGGAAAGGUGUUUUUUCGGGGGUGGUUUCCCGGGGUCUCCGGUACCUGGCACGGAGAAAGGCAUGAUCAUGGCUUCCCGGUCUCCCGGUGGCCAAGCAGCAGCCAAGAGGAAAGGUCUGAAGUUGUCCUUUGACCUGAGCCCACAGUCUCCAGAACCAGAGGAGGACCCAUUCCACCGCCCUACCAGUACCAGUCCAUACCCUCCCCACCUAUGGGGUCAAAGGUCAAGCCCGCCAACCCCAUCGCAGCGCGGCGGUGUACAGGACGUGAAGAGGAAUAUGGAUCGAAACUCGCUAGAAAGGAUUCGUUCAGAAAGCUUGGACAAGUCUGGGAAACUCAAGAUCACUCCUGACAAGAUCUAUGACUUCACGGCGGAUGACCUGUUAGACCUGGGAGAGAUCGGCCGCGGUGCGUUCGGGUCCGUUAACAAGAUGUGCCACGAGCAGAGUCAGACAACCAUGGCUGUCAAGAGGAUACGCUCCACAGUAGAUGAGCGGGAACAGAAACAGCUGCUGAUGGACCUGGAUGUGGUCAUGAGGAGUAACGACUGCACAUACAUCGUACAGUUCUUUGGGGCGCUCUUCAAGGAGGGUGACUGUUGGAUCUGCAUGGAACUGAUGGACACAUCCUUUGACAAAUUCUACAAGUACAUCUACAGCCUGAACAGAUACAUGCCGGAGGACAUUCUGGGCAUGGUCACUGUGGCAACUGUCAAGGCCUUAAACUACUUGAAGACAAGACUAAACAUCAUCCACAGAGACGUGAAGCCAUCCAACAUCCUACUGGACAGGAAAGGGAACAUCAAGAUGUGUGAUUUCGGAAUCAGCGGCCAGUUGGUCGACUCCAUAGCCAAAACCAGGGACGCCGGCUGCAGACCUUACAUGGCUCCAGAGAGGAUAGACCCCAUGUCAUCAAGACAAGGUUAUGACAUCAGAUCAGACGUCUGGAGUUUAGGUAUUACGCUGAUGGAGCUGGCCACUGGAAAGUUCCCGUACCCAAAGUGGAACAGUGUGUUCGACCAGCUCUCACAAGUGGUGAAGGGUGACCCCCCACAGCUUAACCCUAAAGAACACAACUUUUCACCAGACUUCAUCAACUUUGUUAAUAUAUGUUUGACAAAGGACGCCUCCCAGAGACCUAAGUAUAAGGAACUGUUGAAACACAUGUUCAUCCAGAGGUACGAGACCCAGGAUGUGGACGUGGCGUCCUUCGUCUUGGAACACCUGGACCAGAUGCCCCCCCACUUGCCCACCGACCUUUCCUCCUACUGAAUCUCUACAUAACCACACAAAACACAACAUAGGGUAAUGAUAACAACAUUAUGGAUAAACUAAACUUUCACUAACCAACACUACAAAGAAGUUGAGACUUACCCCAAAUUUUCAGCUAAGGGAAUGGACCUGUCUACUGUAGCUUUCGGGACGUGACAUCAGAGACAUGUGACUGCAGCAGAGGGUCAUAAAUGCCAGAUAACCUGUGUCGCCCCCCGUCUCUAUUCAGCAGUGGGCACAGAUGUACACAGCCUCCUUCACUCCUCUUGCAAAGAAUUUCAACUUACCGUAAAAUUCGGGCAAGUCACAACUUAUUUGUUGUGUUGGUUAGAUAAAGUUAAGUUUAGCCAUAAUGUAAUUUACCAACACAGAUGAAUUUUCAGGCUAUGAUAACAACAUGGUAGAGGGUCCUUAGUUUGGGUUUAACUUAGUGUAGUCUAAUGCAUGGUAAACUCUGGAGUUUAGAUUGUACUGACAGUCACAGACUUAAGGUUUGGUGCAGAAAGAGUUAAGCAGAAAAAAGGGGUGGUAUUUAGAUUGAAAUUGGGGAUUUCUAAAGCUAUCCUUAGGAACAAAUCUUACAAUUUGUUAAAAAUUGAAGUAUGGUUUUUAUGGUUAAGCAUAAUUAGUUUGGGGAUAUAUAUAUGAGACUUAAAUGUUUGAAAUGACAACAUUUGGAUGUUUUUUUAAGAGUAGAAUCUGGCCAAAAUCUAUAAAAUAUUUUGUUCAGAUGUAAUUCAUAAAAUCAAAUCUGUUUGGAUUCAGUAUUUUUAAGAAGCAAAAUGAUUUGCCAUCAUUUUGUGAAAUCCGAAUGCAAAUUUCACAAUAUGUACUUAUUGCAAAGUUUAGCAUUUCAAAAAUAUUGGCAGAUUAAAAAAAAAACAAGGCACUAAAAGUGAAUCAUGUAUGCUAAAACAUGUAGUAAAAGAGGGUAGUCUGUGUUACAUAAACUCUCACUUUCCAAGGAAUGUCCCUUUCUCGAAGCGUUUCGCAUUCAUAGAACUGUGGGAACUAUUUUAAAGAAUUAAAAUACCAAUAGGAAGCCAAUAUGGGAGUCACUGUGAAAACUUGCACAAAACAGAAAAAUAGAACAUUUUAGCUUGGAAUCUUGGCAUAAGGACUCACAGCUCAAAAUCUUAACUCUGAAACCCAACUUUCAAUUAAUGGAUGACAUCAUUAAUCUUAGAAGAGCCCAGUUACAAAAUACUGUACUGUAGUCUAUAUGGGAGAUUGGGUGCUUAUUAAAAUCAACAAAUGUAAUAAGUAAGAAAACAAAGGGCAGCUGGUUUUUAUUUUUACAUGUAUUGACAUCAGUGUCUGUAAUAGCCAAGAUUAUCGAGUAAUACACUUCCCUGUGGUAGCAGUGGUAUGGUCCGUUACAGGAUAGCAUUUGUGAAGGAUUUGAGAGGACUGUACCACUUGUACAAGUUUUAGAGGUGGUGUUUUUACAAGUUUUAAAAGGAGGAUGAAGAUGGUAGGUUUAAGUGGUCCUAUACAUGGUUAGAUGUAUUUUUCUAGGACUAUAUAAUAAUAGAGUUUUGUUUUGGAUGCAGUUUUAGCUUGUUUGGGCAGCCAUUCCAUAACCAGUUGAAGUGCAAUUUACAUAUAUCCAUGCACUGUAUUCCCCACUGCAUUCAUUUUAAUUGUACUGUUGUCUGUGCUGUGACAACGAAAAACGAUUUGUUUUCAUCGCCACAUUGAAAAUAUAUCUUAGCUAGAUGGGUAACAAACUGUUAUGAUUUUUGGUUAACUUAAGGUCCAUGUAAUUAUUACGAAACACACACGUGAAAAAUGUACCCAACUAGAGAUGUCAUUUUUGUUUUCCCACUGCUCGAAAUGUUCUUAACUAUAAUGUACAUGAAUGUUAUUGCUUUUAUUGUAGUUUUCUAUGAGGGGUCUUAACUUUUUAUAAUUAGCUGCUGCAAUUGUAGUCUAAGGACACAGGGUGGCCUGUGUGUCCUAAAUAGUUGCCUGAAAAUUUUGUCUGCUGCUGUAUUUUAGAUGAAACACCUUUUAAGUAUACAUUGGAAGGGAGUCUUCCAUUUGCACACUGUGUUUUUCAUUACCACAUACUGACAGUUUGCUAUAAGUGGUGUAAUGAAGAAAAAAAA